CUCUUAAUUAACCCCCCCAAUCAUCACAGCGGAAGCGCAUGGUGGUCCCGGCCGCGCUGAAGAUCAUCCGCCUGAAGCCCACCCGCAAGUUUGCGUUCCUGGGCCGCCUGGCACACGAGGUGGGCUGGAAGUACCAGGCCGUGACGGCGGCCUUGGAGGAGAAGAGGAAAGCGAAGGCCAGGCUGCACUACAAGAGGAAGAAGAAGCUGACGGUGAGGGAGGGGGGCCUUGAAACUGACGUAUUUUGGCUUGGGGGGGGCCUUGAAACAGAUCUAUUUUGGGUU